CAGUCCGCCAACGCGGAGUUGACCAAGGCGCUGCAGCGCGCGGAGGCGGACGCGGACAAGUACCGGCGGGAUGCGCAGGACCUGUACGAGCGGGAGCAGGAGCGCGAGCAGGCGGGCAAGCGCGCGCAGCGGCAGACGGACGAGCGCGAGGCGGACUGGCGCGAGCGCAUGCGCAAGCUGGAGGCGGACUGGCGGGAGCGCAUGCGCAAGGCGGUGGACGCGCACAACCAGCUGGAGGCGCGCUUGGCGCAGCUCGAGGGCGACUGGCGCGGGGAUGUGGGGAGCGGCGCGCAGAACGGGACGGAGGGGCUUGCGGUAGGGGCGGGUGGAGGGGCGGAGGAGCGCGGAGAGGGAAGAAUGGCGGGAGAAAGCCCAAGCGGCGCUGCAGCCGCUGGAGAUAGUGCGGAAGUUGCCACAGAAUACUCCUCCGCCCUCUCCCCUGCUUCCGCUUCCCCUGCCUCUGCCGCGCCCGCACCCCUCUCUCCCAGCGCCAAUGCCGCUGCGCUGUGCGGGCCCCCGCUACCCCUCCCCCCGGCGGUGGCAGCGGCGGAGUGCGAAUCCAGCCGCGUGGAGCAGCUGCAGCGGAAGCUGGAGGAGGCGGAGAAGGAGGCGCAGGAGCUCACCGCGGAGAGCCUGGAGCUGGCGGCGAGUCUGACGGCGGCGAAGCGGGACGCGGAGGCGAAGGAGGCGCGGAUCAAGGAGCUGGAAGCGGAGAUGGAGGAGAUCAUGCGCGCUAGUGGGCUGGAGGGGGGGGAAUCCGCGGAGGGAACUGGGGGGGUGUCUGGGAGCAACGCUGCUGCUGGUAGUGGUGGCGGUGCUACUGGUGGUGGGGAUGGGGGGUGGAAGCGCGGAGGGGGUCUGGUGGGUAAGUGGAAGGAGCUGCGCGCGCGGAAGCAGCAGAAGGAGCAGGAGAGCAUCACGCGGCUCAACGAACACGUGGCGGAGCUCAGUGAUGAGCUGGACAAGCGCAAGGCUGACGUCAUCAACGCGUCUGCAGAGGUGGACAGGCUGCGCGUCUGCCUGGCGGCUGCGGAGGCGGCAGCCGCGAAGGCGAUAGCAGAGGGGGGGGAGGAGGCGGGAAGUCUGCGCGGGGAAGUGGCGCGCAUGCAGCGGGAGGUGGAGCGCGCGGCGGAGCAGCGCGCGGAGCUGGAGAGCGAGGUGGCGGCGCGGGGGAGCCAGAUCGCGGCGCUGCAGCGGCGGUGCGAGGCGGCGGAGGAGGAGCGGCAGCAGCUGGCGGCGCGGAUGAGCGAGGAGGUGAGCGCGAGGGAGCGCGCGGAGGAGUCCGCGGCGUCCCUGGCGGCGCAGCUGCACCUGCUGGCGGAAGAAGCGGAGGAGGCGGAAGAGGCCGCGGAAGCCGUAGCCGUAGCUACUACAGCCGCCGCCGCCGCCGCUGCUGCAGCAAACGCGGCAGAAUCAAACUCCGGCGCAGCAGCAGCAGCAGCAGCAGCAGUGGGGAAAUCCCCGGCCCUGCUCCCCAAAGGCAUCGUAGGCGCAGCAAAGAAGUUCAAGGGGCAGGUGGAUGCGGCAGUGAGAGUGGAGGAGCUCGAGCUGCAGCUAGCAUCCCUUAGGGAGCUUCUUCAGGAGGCAACAGCCGCCAAGGUGAAGGCAGCGCGGGAGUCCGCCGUGGGGGAUAAGGAAGUGGAGCAGCUGCAGGAGGAGGUGGCGGUGUGGCGCGUGCGCGCGGAGAGCUUAGAGCGGGAUAUUGGGGUGCUGGAGGGGGAGAAGCGGGUGAGGGAAGGGCGGAUUUCGGAGCUGGGGCGCGAGGCGGGGGAGGCGCGCAUGCGCGCCAAGGCGGCGGAGGAGGAGAUGGGGCGGCUGGCGGCGCGCGUGAGCAUCGCCACGGCGCGCGCGACCGCGCAGGAGGUGGAGCUGCGGGAGAGCCGCGAGAGCAAGCAGGCGGCGGCGGGGAUGAUCCAGCAGCUGGAGGAGGCGCUAAAGCAGGCGCGGAGCGAGAAGGCGUGGGUGGAGGGGGAGUUGGCGCAAGCGGUGGCGACCAGGGGCGCGCUGGAGCAGCAGAUCGCGGUGCUGGAGGCGCAGGUGGGGGAGCUGAAGGGGGACGCGGAGGGGCGCGGGCGCAGCGCGGCGGACGCGGCGGCGGUGGUGGCGGAGGCGCAGCGCGACGCGGAGAUGGAGCGCGAGGGGCGGCGCGCGGCGGAGGAGAAGGCCGCCGCCAUGGAAGCGCUGCGCGGGCGGCUCCAGGAGACGGUGCGGCGCGAGGAGGAGCUGCGGCAGGCGGCGGCAGACCGCGCGGAGAUGCUGGAGGGGGAGCUGCGGAGCGUGCGCGAGAGGGCCGCGCGCGAGGCGGGGGAGAUGCGCGACAUGGAGCGCAAGCUGUUCCAGCGCCUGGAGCAGGUGCUCGCGGAGAAGGAGGAAGGAGUGGUGCGGGUGACGCGGCUCGAAGAGGCGGUGAAGCGAGAACGCAGCGAGAAGGAGGCGGCCAGUGAGCAGCUACAGACGGAGGUGAUGGUGCUGAAGGAGCAGCUGCAGGCGCUGCUGAGCGGGCGCAGCGGGAUCGAUCGGACCUCGGCGGCGCUGGCGGAGGAGCAGGCGGCGAGAAUGACUCUGGAGGGGCGGCUGAGAGCUGCGGAGGCGAGCGCGGCGGCGGCAGAGGCGCGGUGGGAGGCGGAGGUGCGGGAGCUGGACGCCAAGAUACAGAGCCUGCAGGCGGAGAGGUCGCAGUGGCGCGCCAGGGAGAUCGGCCUAGCAGCAGAGCUGGAGGUGGCGAGAGGGGAGGCUGUGGUGCUGCAGGAGCUGUCGUUCGAGGUGCAGCGGAUGAAAGAGGAGAAGGCGGCCAUUGAGAACCUGCUGGGGGAGGCCAGGGGGGUGAACGAGGCGCUGGAGAGGGCCAUGCUGGCGGCGGAGCGGGAGAAGAAGGGGCUCGCGAGCCACGCUGCGGUGCUGAGUGAGAAGGCAAGAGAGUGCGACCGCAUGCGGCUGCAGCAGCAGGCGGACAUGCUGGUGCAAGGAGAGGGGGGUGGUGAGGCGGGAGCAGCAGCUGCUGGCACUGCUGCUGCGUCGGGCGGUCUGGUGGAUCGGAAGCAGGCGGAGCGGUUCUUGGAGUCGGUGCACUGCAAGGUGGAGGAGCUGGAGCGGCAGGUGGAGGAGGGCCAGCUCGUGGCGACCCAGCUGGAGGAAGCCCGGGCGGAGAUCGCCGCCCGGCAGACCGAGCUCACUGUGAAGCAGGCGGAGGUGGCGGCACUGCACUCGGAGAUUCUGGCGAAGCAGGCCGAGGUGGAGGAGCGGGAGGCGCGGAUCCGGGAGCUGGAGGCGCGGAUCGCCGAGGUGCAGGGCGAGGCGGAGAGGCAGCGGGCGGAGUGGCGGCUGAAGCAGGAGGCAGCGGAGGACGUGGUGGCGGCCAAGAUGGAGGGGCAGGCGGCGGCGGAGAGGCGCAUUGGGGAGAUGCGCGUUCAGGUGGUGGAGCUCGAGGCGGAAGUGGAGCGGCUGCAGGCGGCGGCUGCUUUUGAGUCGGCUCAGAAGGAGCGGCGCAUAGGGGACAUGCGAGUGCAUGUCUUGGAGCUGGAGGCGGAGGUGGAGCGGCUGCAGGCUGAGGCUGCUGCUGCUACUGCUGCUGCUGAGGCGGCGGCGGCGGCGGCUGAAGCGGCGGCUGCGGCUCUGCAGCAGCAGCAGAAUGGGAACCUGGCCGCGCUGCUGGGUGCUGCUUCCAGUGCUGCGGCUGCUGCUGCCACGGGGAAUGCAAGCUCUGGCGGUGGUGCUGGUGGGAGCAGUGGUAGCAGUGGGAGUGGUGGCAGCCCGAGUUACAGCAGCAGCAGCAGCACUAUGCGACGAAAGGUGAUCAAGGAGCCGUCAUCCCCAUCCCUGCCGGCACCUGAUCGCACCACAGUCACUCGCAAGGUCGUGGUGGUCCGCCGCGUGCCCGCCAACCGCGACUCCUCUUCCUCCUCUGCAGCCCCCAGGCUGCCCUCCCCCAGUGCAGCCUCCACCCCUGCAUCGUCCCUCCCCUCCACCCCCCGCAUUGCCAAGUCCGCCUCUGCGUCCUCCGCUCGCCCUGCCAGUCCCCGCGCUGCUAGCCCCAGCAACAUCCCCACCCCCACUGCUGCUGCUGCGGCUGGCACGGCAGUGGGUGACAAGGGUGCUGAUGGGCCUGCAGUGGUGAGAGCUGGCAGUCCUCGCAGCAGUGUGAGUAGCGCCAGUGCCAGCACCAGUGGUAUUCGCCCUCCCAGUGUCGUGGCAGGCAAGACCAAGGCUGCAAGCACCAGCAGCAACAUCCCAUCAGUUUCAGCCUCUGCUAGCGAGGGAGCAGCAGGGACUGGAAGCACGCCCCGUGUGGCUCGAGUGACCAAGCCUCGCUCCCCGGGGAGCCAGAGUCCCUCCGCAUCUCUCAAGUCAGUGCUCCCUGCUGCUGCCGCUAGUUCUACUGCUGCUUCGCGCAAGUAGAGAUGCUGGUUUUAUUAUGUGGUGGUGAGGUGUGACUUGGUGCCAUAUUUAUUGGGUGGAGGCGUUGCUUCAUGACUAGAAGCUGCUGUUGCCCAAUGCUUGCAUAAGUGCUUGCAGUUAGGGUGCAAGGCGCAAGGGCUUGGGAUUCGGAUGUGUUUGAUGGGUGCAUAAACUUCAUUUGUACUGUACUUUGUUUGCUUAUAUCUUUCAAUUGCUGCUG